UCUAUGACAGCAUGUUAGUUGGACUAAUGCUUGAGUGGAUUUUAUUCAUUGGAGUCCUGUGAUAAAAACAGUCAGCUGUGGAGCUAACGUACUGUUGUGUUGUGUACAGGGACUCUACAGUUCUCUAACAGUGUGUGGCAUGUUGUAGUUGUGGUGGAAUGAGGUUUGUGUGCUGUCUCACAGGUGGGACAGUGUACCUUAACAGGAGAAUUUUGAGUCAUGUAGACAGGUAGUACAGCAAUUGUCCAAAGGGCAGAAGAAUAUGCUUAUUGACCAAUGGGAGAGCUACAUGCAGCCAAUGGGGGGGUUGAGUCCCCUCAGCUUCCCAGCCUCCCUGACAUCCAUAGUGAGAAGUGAUGCAGCGCGACUGAGACGCGCAGUAGAGGUGGAACAACGGGCAACGCGAUCUGCGGUGAACGGAUACACCUGGCACCGACGUGUGUCUUCACAACCCCGGGAACGUUUCCUCCUAGAAUUAACUUUAUUAUCAGGUGCUGCCCGCUGCCCUGUGUGAGUCUGAGGAGCCUUUCCUGCUUCAGCAGAUAACAGCAUGAGGAUACUCUGACCGCUGGACACAGACUGCUAACGGGAGAGAAGACAGAAGGCUGGGGUGGUGUAGCCAUGAACAGAAGGAAAGUGUGCGUACUGAUGGUGCUGUGGGCCAUGGCCCACCUCAGCUCUCCAGGGUGCGGGCUCAGGACUCUGCGAAGGACUACAGGGGGGCGAAGGGGAUCCGCAGUACUGACGGCACAGGACGCCCAUGGAGCGUCACUCAGGCGCUCCAAACGAGGCUGGAUGUGGAACCAGUUCUUUCUGUUGGAGGAGUACACCGGGACAGACCUGCAGUACGUUGGAAAGCUUCACUCAGAUUCUGACCGAGGAGAUGGAAGCGUGAAGUACGUCCUCACAGGCGAAGGAGCGGGGACCCUCUUCAAGAUAGACGAAAAGUCUGGGGACAUCCACGCCACUAAGAGGCUGGACAGAGAAGAGAAGGCCUACUAUAUCCUCCAUGCCAAAGCUGUCAACCGCUUCACCAACGAGGCUCUGGAAGGCGAGUCCGAAUUCAUCAUCAAGAUCCACGACAUCAAUGACAAUGAGCCGCGGUUCACCAAAGACCCAUACAUGGCCAUGGUCCCCGAGAUGUCUGACAUCGGCACCUCUGUAAUUCAGGUGACUGCCACAGAUGCAGAUGACGCCACGUAUGGAAACAGCGCCAGGGUGGUGUACAGCAUCCUGGAGGGCCAGCCGUACUUCUCCAUAGACCCAGAAACCGGCCUGGUCAAGACAGCCCUACCUGGCAUGGACAGAGAAGUCAAACAACACUAUCAGGUCAUCAUCCAGGCUAAAGACAUGGCCGGACAGAUGGGCGGCCUCUCGGGAACCACGACGGUCAGCAUCACCCUCUCCGACGUGAACGACAACCCGCCACGCUUCACCAAGACUCUCUACGAGUUCAGAGUGCCCGAGUCCACCGAGCUCGGGUCUGAGCUUGGAGUGAUCCGGGCCAUCGAUGCUGACAUAGGCGAGAACGCAGAGAUGGACUACAGGAUCAUCGGGAGCGAUGGGCCUGGGAUGUUUGACAUCACCACGAAUGGGAGCACACAGGAGGGCAUCGUGGUGCUGAGGAAGCCGCUAGACUAUGAGAAGAAGCGUCAGUACAGUCUCCGUGUUCAGGUGGAAAACGUCCACAUCAACCCUCACUUCUUCUCCAUGGGGCCCUUCAGGGACGAGGCCACCAUCAAGAUCGUCGUGGAAGAUGUGGAUGAGCCGCCGGUGUUUGAGCGCGCCAGCUAUGUGAUGGAAGUCAAAGAAGACGCAGCCAGGAACACCAUCAUCGGCUCCGUCAGCGCAUCGGACCCCGACGACAAAAGCAGUCUCAUCAGGUAUUCUGUUGAUCGGCGCACGGACAUGGACAGAGUGUUCAACGUCCAUGCAGGCAACGGGUCAGUGUUCAUCCUGAGGGGGCUGGACAGAGAAGAGUACGCCUGGCACAACAUUUCCAUCAUCGCCACGGAGCUGAACAACCUGCAACAGAACAGCCGUGUGCCUGUUUACAUCAGAGUGCUGGAUGUCAAUGACAACGCUCCAACAUUUGCCACCAAUUAUGAGACGUUUGUCUGUGAGAAUGCUAAGGCUAAUCAGAGGAUACAAACCGUGAGCGCCACAGAUCCCGAUGAGCCCCUCGGAGGACAUCGGUUCUUCUUCAGUCUUGCGCAGGAUGCUGCUGGGAAGGCCAACUUUUCUGUUCGAGAUAAUAAAGACAACACAGCCUGGAUCCUGACACGGAGGAACAGCUACAACAGUAUACAGAAGAGCAUCUACCACGUGCCUGUGGUCAUUUCUGAUGGAGAGUUCCCUAUGCAAAGCAGCACCAACACGCUGACCAUCAGAGUGUGCACCUGUGAUCGUGAGGGCAACAUGAAGCUGUGCAACACCGAGGCACUCACGGCGAGGGCGGGACUCAGCACGGGAGCUCUGGUGGCCAUCCUGCUUUGUGUCAUCAUUCUACUCGUGAUCGUGGUGCUGUUUGCUGCCCUGAGGAGGCAGAGGAAAAAGGAGCCUUUGAUCAUCUCCAAAGAGGAUGUCAGAGACAAUGUUGUCAGCUACAACGAUGAAGGGGGUGGAGAAGAGGAUACUCAGGCCUUUGAUAUUGGCACUCUGCGCAACCCGGAGGCCAUCGAGGAGAGCAAGCAGCGGAGGGACAUUGUCCCAGAGACCUUCUACCCUCCAGUCCGACGGCCUGUGGUGCCACCAACCAGGGACAAUAAUGGAGAUGUGAGAGACUUCAUCAGCCAGAGGCUCCAGGACAACGAUUGUGACCCAACAGCACCGCCUUACGACUCCCUGGCCACCUACGCCUACGAAGGAAACGGUUCCGUAGCAGAGUCCCUUAGUUCACUUGAGUCGGUGACGACAGAAGGUGACCAAGACUACAACUACCUGAGUGAGUGGGGACCCCGAUUUAAGAAACUGGCAGACAUGUAUGGGGGCGAUGACAGCGACAGGGAUUCCUAAUGAGAGUCUGGCACACAGACUAGGAGACAAAUGUAAAAGUGAAACAGGUUUAAAACUUUUGGGCAAUUCUGGUGCAUGUGUGGUGUGAAAAAUGGCAAAACAACCAAGACAGGAGCACUGUUUUUCCAAGUGCUCUAUCACUGCCAUUGAUCACCAUUCAAGCAGUACCUCCAGUGACCAGACGUAGGCUUUUUGUGUCCAGUCAGUGUUAGUUGCGUUUUCUGCAAGGGCACAGUCAAAAGAGUGAGCGUCAAGACUUUUUGUCUCUAUAUGGGUGUACAAGAGGCCCAAAUAUAUCUACAUGGAUAUUUUGUUUGUUUUUUCAAAGCUGCCUGUGAUGAAAACAUCCAACAAGCAGUUUUGUAAACUGACAGAUAUGCCUACGUAUUUUUCAGUGUUUCUGGGAUAAAAACAUGCUGCAUAUUGUGAGUUUAUCUUAGCUUGUGUAUGUAUGGUAAUAUAAUACAAUACGCUGUACAGUUGUUUUGUUUUUCUAUGGAUUUCUAUUGUCCAAAUCAUACCCCUUUUAGCGAUAGCUGCCCCACAUUAGCCACUUAUCCAUGGUUGUGCUUGAGCCGUAAGUGCCAAAACGUUUUGGCAUCAUCUCAAAUGAAAAAAUAAGAAAUCUUCAUAUACAUUGGAUGGGAGAGGUAUAAAAAUUUGUUAGCUGUGGCACAUUGCCGUUGUAAAAAGUGGGUAAUGUUGUUUAAAGCUUACAUGAAGCUGGAGUAGAGGACUAUGGUAUUUACAGCCACAAAUACCUGCAAACACGCUAUUUUUUUUUUUUUUUUUUUUUUACACAGUGUCUGUGUUUCAUCUCCACACAGCUCUGACCAUUCACUGCGAGGUGAGCUGAGAUACCAAAUAUUUCUUUGAGCUGAAUGUCAUCAAAAUCAUUUUUUGCAUCCCAGUUGUUGGUUGAAAAAUUACAUACAUAGAAUAGUGUUAUUGGCAAUGCUACACUGAUAAAAAUUCUUAUGUGCACCUUGCUCGGUUAAGCAGAAAUACCGAUCUUUCUGCUCAUCUUGAUUAUAGAAAGCAAGUGUUUCAUUCUGUAUUCUUCUCACAAGGAAAAUGGUCUUUUAAAUGGGCAUUUAAAAGGCCAACUUCCAAGUUACCUGGCUGGACCUGUUCGGCAACAACAUCUUGAGGCUGCCUGUGUAGUCCAUCUUGUUGGUGAGAUAAACGCAAAAGAAGAAAAGGCUGAUGCUAGAAUUGAAGGAGUCCAGCAUCCAUCUUGCCCGAGGUACAAUAUCAAGAGCUGGCUGGGAGAUUCAAACAUGGACGAGCAGGCCUUGGAUGGGGCAAAGCAGAUAUGAGCAGCUUCCGUUGGAGAAUGCAACAACAUGGUGGUCAAAAGUAAUCACAGGGAAAGAAAGACCCCUGGGUAGAGGUGUGGCAGAUGAAAGCAGACUUGGACAGUUAGCUGCGCUUUCCUUCUGAGAUUAACAACAACUCCCUAAGGCAGUUGACUAAUAGAGCUAAUAGAGCUGAUGAGAUGAAAGCCUAGAGGCGGCGUAUGAGAAGAAGAGCGCACGCUGCACUUACUUGGUGAAUGAACGCAGAAGAAUGGCUGGAAGGUCAUGGUCUAUGCGGUGGAGGUCAGAAGUUGUGGUUACAUAAGUUUCCUCAGAGAUGUGGGAAUGCAAGGAACUAUGCUCAAGAAAACUCUGCAAGAGCCAUCUGAGGAGGCUGAAAAAGGAAUUAUCUGGCUCUGGUUAAGAAGAAAGGACUUGCAUUGGGGGACAGAAAUCAGCUAAAAUGGUUUAACAAAGAUCCAAGGACCAGCUGCAGGGGGUGGCAUGGAGAUGUCCCUGAUCAACACCCACAUCCCUGAUGUGUUAAAAGGUAUGUGAAGAGUGGCCUGUCUGUGUCCAUGAAAGCAGGAACAACACCUACCUGUACUGUAACAAAUGUUCCACAGGAACUGUUACAGCAGCAUUAGAGCUUCUUAGUAAGAUAGAAAGUACAGUCCACUCAAGCGCUCUGUCCCACACAGUUGAAUGUAUAACAAUUUAACUCUGCAGUUAAGUAAAAGAAAUGUGCCAAAAAAGAAAAGAACACCUGUAUUUUCCUUUAAAAGGCCUCUUUUUGUACUCUGGUCCCUGCCCUUCAUUACGUUUCCAGUGAGUAGUGCUGACCAUGAAGCCAGACCCAAGUGUUCAGGCUUUAAAGGAUUUCCUAUGGGAUGAAAAGCCUCUUUCAUAAAAAUGCUUAUCAAGCGGAAUCUGACCUUUCAGCGGUGUGGAA